UUCUUUAAUUUUUUAUCUUCAUCAACUGUUUGUAUCAGGACCUUUUUAUCUUAUAUAAAUAGCCACACAUGCUACCACUGGACUUGCAAGCCCAAUUCUGCAUCUAUUGUUCUUCUGUGAUCUCUCUCACUUCCAACCUUUCUCUGAUCUCCCACCAAUUUCAUGUCUUUUUUGUAACUGUGAACCCUUCACCAUCUCUCUCUCUCUCUCUCUCUCUCUUGCUUUUGCUAGCUCACUCUCAAGGAAUCUUGUUUAAUGGCAGAAAUCGACUACCAGACCAAACCGAACAAUCCCACCAACAACGUACGUCUAAAGCUCUUUGGCUUCAACGUUUCAGAAGAGGAUGAGGUAGAUUCGAGCAAAACUCCAUCUGGGUCGACGGAAUCCGGCAGUUUCCCCGCAAACGACGGCCGAAAGUUCGAGUGCCAGUACUGUUGCCGUGAAUUUGCAAACUCACAAGCAUUGGGUGGCCACCAAAACGCACACAAGAAAGAAAGACAGCAGCUAAAGCGCGCGCAAAUGCAAGCCGGUCGAAACUCAGCCGCUUCCUACGUUAGGAACCCAAUGAUAUCGGCGUUUGCGCCGCCCCCUCACCUCCUCGCUCCGGCGGGUCCUGUAGUUGUUCCGGCCGGUGUGCCACAGUCACCUUCCUGGAUUUACAUGUCACGUCCGGCGCCGCCCUUCCACUUGUCACAUGCGUGCGUGUUUCCGUCUGGUGCCGGGAGAACCCCUGCCACGCUAACGUACACUGGGGUGGUAGGAGGAGGCGGAGGAGGAGGAGGAGGAGGAGAGUCAAUGCCGACACCCGGGUCUCAGGUUCGAGCUCAUGCAGGGGUUGUUGUCCCUUCACUCAGUAGGUUCUCUGCUUCUGGUGAUGGUGGGCCCACUUUUGACGAUGCCUUUGGCUUGGAUUUACAUCUCAGCCUGGCGCCGGCUGCUCCUUGAGUUUGGCUCAAAUUUGGCUUUGCUUGGCUUGGCUUGCCUUUGAUACAUACCAUCACAAAUGACAAUACAGAGAACAGAGUUAGUUAGGUACCACUAGGUGGCUGCUUAACGGCUGAUCAGCUUCAGCUCGAUCAGAAUUUGAGAUUUAAAAUGCCUACUUGGGUCCUGUAAAUUUUCCAUUUUUUUUUUUAAUUUUUUUCAAGGAAGCAAUUUCACUUAUAUAUGUGUGCACUUCCAUUUGUCAUA